AUGGAGUGCACAAAGCUACUCGAAAGCCUCGACAUAUUCGGCCACGCCGGAUUCUGCGUAGCCGUGGAGAGAUCCCAGCUGUUGCAAAGUUCUCUGCUCAUACUCCAGCAAGAGAAUCACUUCGAGAAGUGCUACUACUGGGGCAGAAUUGACGGCAUCCGCAAUGACUACCACGUGGCUUAUGGUUUUCGAAAACAGUGCCUCGACGGACAGAAAUAUUUCUACAGUACCGAUUGUUUGACCUGGUUUUUGAUGCCCGAGCCAACCAAGUGCGCCAUCAUGCUGACUCCCCUGGCGAUUUCCAAUUUCCAAGGCGAUCCCGCUCUGGUCACCAACGUCUACGACGCCAAUCCUCCAUACCCGCCAAACGAUCCUGAUGGUAUUCAACACGAGCUAAUAGUCAAGUACCUGAAGGAAGAGGACCGGCUGGCGGCCUCGGUCUACCUGAUCAAUUACGACGUGGCUGUGGUGCCACGAGGCGGCUGGUUCAAGACCACCGAUGGAAAUGUAGUCCUGAACCCAAACUUCGAAGGCCUCACCCGCGAGGAAGCCGGCCGGCUCAGGUCGUACGUCCACGCCCGGCUGCCCCAGAACAAGUGGAACGCCAAUCUCCUCGCCAGGCAGGACUACAACUUGGCCCUCGAUUUCUUGGACACCCUCGAGGAGGACGCCCCAGUGGGAUGCUGGAGCCUACAGUCGGCCCAGGGCGGCCGUUUGGCUCUGCUGCUCAGUUUGUAUUGGCCCGGGAUGGUGUUUUACCACAAAGUCGAUACCCCGCAUUACGGCUCGCUUUACUUCGGAAACGGACGGAAAAACUUGGACGUGCCGUUUAUGCUGUGA